GCGUUCUAGAAUUCAUUUUUCGACAUUUGUCUGCAUUUGAAGGCUGAAGGUGUCCCAAUGGAGUCUGCCGAGCCAAGCCAAGAUUAUCAGGAAGCAUAUGAUACAAAGAAAUCAUCAACAAGUAUGGUAUCAUUUAAACAAAAACUGUCCAAACCUCGUUGUUGUAAGUGGAUGAGAGAUAAACUUGGUCUAGAUUCUAGUGUCAAAACUUCAUUACUCAAAUCAAGUAAAAACAUAUACUCCUUAUACAAUCUUGUGUCUAAAACACAUGCAGCUAGCUACAGCCAGCUUAAUUUGGCCAAAGAUCGUUUAGAGAAGCUUAACGAAACGUACAACAAUAUCAUAAGAGAGAAAGAAAACAAAGGAGAAGUUAUUACUGCAUUGGAAAAUAAAUUGAACAAUUUGAAUAAUGAAAAGGACAUUUUCGUCAAAUAUAUAAAACAAUUUAGAAAGAGAAAACAAGAACUCAAGGAUGAAGAACAUCGACUGCAACGGAAGCUGGAAUCACUGAAAACUGAGUUCGAUAAAGAAAAGGUCAACUUGGAUGAUUUAACGGAAGAAAUGAGCGCCUUCUUAGCUAUCAAGGCGGCCCAGUUAUCAACAAAUGACGAAAUGAGAGCUAUGGCGACAUCGCAACUGGAAAGCUUAAAGGAAAUUGCGAAAUCUUUGAAAACUUCAAGAAAUGCCCACGAUGCUCUCUGCUUACUGAAAGACGAAAUCCAAAUAAAUCCCGAACCUACAGUAAUAGAAAUAAACAAAAGAAAGAAAUCCAAGAUGAAGCGUUUAAGCCAAAGUAGUUCGCCUAUUUUGCAUCGUGAUUCCAAAACAAAACACAAUUCUAUUCAGAAGACAGUGAUUGAAAAAACUAUUUCUUCCGAUACAAAGUCAAAGAAUUGGGAAUCGUCGGAAAUGAGCAAAACAAGUCUCAUUCAGUCUAUUAGUGCAGACCAUUUUGACGACUCAUUAACACCGAUAUCUUCCGACGACAGCAUGCAGUCUAUGCUAAAAAGGUAACGUAGAAGAUGUACAUGAGAAACAAAAUGGACAAAUUUCGUGAAGAAUUUUACUUAUUAAUGGAUAUGUAUAUAUAAAAUGUUCUGGCUCUAUUUUAAUAUAUAUAUAUAUAUAGAACGACAAUCAGCAGCAAGAUUUUCUUCAAAUCUUAUAAAUGCAAAAUAUUUGUAGUGUGUGUAUGUCCGGAUUAGAUUAUACACAUGAAAUUCUCGGGUGGAACGUCUCGAUUCCCUUGACAGAGUGUCACUAUUGGUCGUUGAUCAUUGAUACGAAAUAGACAUUAGUUUAUGUGGAUGGAGGAUCUACUAAAAGAUAUUCAUCGUAACUGGAAGCAUAUGCUGCCUGAUAUUAUUUUCUCUCAUUCAAACUGCAAGAACUAUUUUAAAUGAGCUAUCCGGCCAGAAUAAAAAUAUAGUGAAA